AUGCCAGCUGACAUUCGCACAGUCAAAGAGAUCUUCACUUUUGAAGACAAGGCGCGUGGUCAAGAUGAGCCCUCGGAAAGUUCGACUGCAAAUGUCAUCGAGACGUACCAGUUUCCCGACAUUAUCUACUCCAUCAUCAACUAUCCUCUAGGCACAGACCUCGCUAAUGCGCCCAAGCCGUCAUGGCUUCUUGAUCUCGAAGCUGGGGUUAGCGAUAGCCAAGCCCCACCCAUGGACCCCUCUACGCCCCGUGCCUACAACUACUGGAACGCCCCACCGUCCUCUGAAUACGGCUCGUAUUAUAAUCGUUCCGGCGGCGGCCCGAGCUACAGCAAGGGCAAAGAUCGAGAAGGUCGCACCAUCAGUGGCAGUGAUCCGUACUAUCAGCAGUACUCGCCGCAACAAGGCCCCAUUCGUCAGAGCUCUGCGCCGUACCCACCGCCGCACGCUCUUCCGCCGCUCCCACUUCCGCGGGACCUCGAGCCUGGUCAAGGUGACGCCCUCGGAUCUGGGCGGUUUAGCUACUCGCAAGGGUCAUCCCGCUCGCGUAUGGGUAAUGGCGGAUGGGACGACCACGCCCGCUCCCCGACAUCGACCUCAUCAUAUGACGCACAGCAGUCACAAGGCUCUGGCGUGUCACCGCGCCAACCGUCCGGAGCGCCCUGGUCGGACGUCAAGCCUCAGCUGUCAAACGCUGAUCUCACACUGCCGCCGUUGCAGGAAGUGCCGAGCCCAACGUACGACUGGAAGGAGAGGUCGCCUCUGUACCCUGAACCAAAGUGGGGUGCAACUUCCGCUCAGUCGGCUGUGCGGAGUGCACUGUCGCCUCUUCCUUCGUUCGGUUCAGUAGCCAGCCAAUCUGGUGGUUACUCUGGCGGCCCAGGCGGCUGGGCGGCAGACCCACCUUACUGGGACAGCACGUCCGCCAUUCGUGGUACGAACCGCAACAACUCGAUCCCUCACGUGCCCUCCUUCACCCCUUUGUCGAUCGAGGUCACGGCCGAUUCACGCAACGGUUCCGUCUCGCUCACCGCAUCCGAGCCCCUGGCUAAUGGAAGCUCCAUGCCUCUCGACAACCUCUUGGCUGGCCGGUACUCGUUCCUCCUCCAGAUGGCGCAGACGCCGGGUGUCACGAUUCCUGUGUACCACAUCGAUGUUCCAGUGACCAUUCCGCCCAACGACCCGUCUCGCGAAUUCCUACUGGACAGCAUCAAUGACAUUGGCCUCGAUAUUGUUCUUCACUCUCUCAACGAAGUGAGCGGUUUGGCUGUCACAACAGACGUCAACUGGCAAAGCGCGUACGGCCCGAACCGUCAGCCCAGGGUCGUCACGCCUCUCCGAGCUCUCGGUGCUCCAGGGGAGACGGCUGCGUCUGUGCGCAUGCCUCGGCUAGCCGAACUCUACAAUGCGCUCCUGCAAAACCUGAGAACAUCGUAUUACAACGCCUCCCUCAGCGACGUCGGCUUGCCUGGCACCGACAUUGUUCAGCGCAUUGUUCGUGAAGGUGGCGAUGACCCGCGUGGCUCUUUCGACCCCCAGCUUCUACCUAUGGGUAGCGAUUGGUCGAGUGCCUUGUGCAUCUUGGUUUACUCGCUCCGCAUUGCCGAUGGCUCGACGCCGUACGUCAUCACGGCGCGCGAAAUCGACUUUUCGGCACGGUACGAACCUGUGUCUGACCAACACCUUGCCGCGCAUAUUCUCGCGUCCGAAGAGCAAAAGCAGAGCACGUACGACUGGCUCGGUUGA